GACCCCGAAGCUCGUGUCCCGAGCAGAAGGAUCGAGUGGUGUAGGGCCAGGCCCUUCGUUUUUAAUUUUCAUCACGCGGAAUAUUGUAUAAAAUGGGCACAUAAUAGUUAUCUACAAGAAUAGAAAAUCGUGCUCAAAUUAAACGCAGUAAGUUGCUUAAUUUAGCUGUUUUAUUAUAUUCUGUCAAUCAUGGCCAACCCAAAUCGUGAAAGUGUUAGUACUCGGUUUUCCGACAACUAUGAUCUGAAAGAAGAACUAGGAAAAGGGGCUUUUUCUAUAGUGAGGCGAGCAGUGCAAAAAUCAACUGGUUACGAAUUUGCUGCCAAAAUCAUCAAUACGAAAAAACUAUCGGCUAGAGAUUUUCAAAAACUGGAAAGAGAAGCAAGAAUUUGCCGAAAACUUCAACAUCCUAACAUCGUAAGAUUACACGAUUCUAUUCAAGAAGAACAUUUUCAUUACUUGGUAUUCGAUUUAGUAACCGGUGGUGAACUAUUUGAGGAUAUCGUGGCUCGCGAAUUUUAUUCCGAAGCAGAUGCUUCUCACUGUAUACAGCAAAUUUUAGAGUCGGUACAUCACUGCCAUCACAAUGGAGUUGUGCAUAGAGACUUAAAGCCAGAAAAUCUUCUAUUGGCCAGCAAAGCUAAAGGUGCUGCUGUAAAACUAGCCGAUUUCGGUUUGGCUAUAGAAGUUCAAGGUGACCAACAAGCAUGGUUUGGUUUUGCCGGCACUCCUGGUUAUUUAUCGCCAGAAGUUUUAAAGAAAGAGCCAUAUGGCAAACCAGUAGAUAUAUGGGCAUGCGGAGUGAUAUUAUAUAUUUUAUUGGUUGGAUAUCCUCCAUUUUGGGAUGAAGACCAACACCGAUUGUAUGGUCAAAUCAAAGCAGGAGCUUAUGAUUACCCUUCUCCUGAGUGGGAUACUGUCACGCCGGAAGCGAAAAGUCUAAUUAAUCAGAUGCUGACUGUUAAUCCUAGCAAACGAAUUACAGCUUCUGAAGCACUGAAACAUCCAUGGAUCUGCCACCGAGAACGCGUCGCGUCUGUAAUGCACAGACAAGAGACCGUUGACUGCUUGAAGAAGUUCAAUGCACGUCGCAAAUUGAAAGGUGCAAUUUUAACGACUAUGCUUGCAACGCGGAACUUUUCCGGAAAAUCGAUGGUGAACAAAAAAGGAGAUGGAUCGCAAGUAAAGGAAUCGACUGAUAGUAGUACCACUUUGGAGGAUGAUGACUUAGAUAAAGACAAGAAAGGUGUAGACAGAGCAUGCACUGUUAUCUCUAAAGAACAUGAUGAAGAAGGAUUAUCAAAAGCAGACUCUUUCGGUAAAGCUCGUGGCGACAGUAAUGCGUCUCUACGUAGAGCAGAAGUGAUCAAGAUUACAGAGGUACUAAUCGACGCCAUCAACAACGGUGACUACGAUACUUAUUCCAAAUUAUGUGACCCUAAUGUAACUGCAUUCGAUCCAGAUGCAUUAGGCAAUCUAGUGGAAGGUGUAGAGUUCCACAAAUUCUUCAUUGACAACACCCCAAGUCAUGUUAAGACUAACACGACAAUUUUAAAUCCUCGAGUACAUUUACUCGGAGAUGACGUUGCAGUAAUAGCAUAUGUGUGCGUGACACAAAGUGUGGAUGCAGAAGGUCGACGAGCUACACACCAAUCGCAAGAGACUCGUAUUUGGCACAAACGCCUCAACAAGUGGACGGCGAUACAUUUCCAUCGCUCCUAACUAGGCCCAUUUCAUAAUCAACCCUUAGCGCCAUUAGAUAGGGGUGCAGGUCUCGCAAAAGAUGUUGUAUGCAAUGGCGACAUCGAGGCGGAGGUAAUGUCAUUUUAAAGCCUUGAAGGUGUGGCAUAUGAAAGAAAACUUAUAUCCAGUUCAGCUAUGAAAUCUACACGAAUUUUAUUAGAAAAAUCUUUAUAAUCCCAAGAAGUUAAGUUAUUACGUCUAAUGAAAUGUUAUCUACUACCUACACCAAUCUUAGUACUUCUUUACUUAAUCAAUAUCUCGUUUUAAAGUAAGAAAUAAAAAAUGUGGCUAAAAUGUGAUACUUACAAUGAAGAUAUCCAUUGCUUUGUGCUAGUUAUAGUAGGGUACGAAAUUUUCACCUCAGCCACGAUCGAAUAUUGUCAACGAAUAUCGAGACAAAUUGAUACUGAUCAAAGAGAAAUCUCUAUAAUCAAUCAGAUCUGAUAUAUUGAAUAUACUUUUAAGAGUAAAAUCAGCAAAAAUUUCAAGGUUUAGAAUUAUUAGCACAUUUCUCAGUAAGUCUCUCUACAUUUUUAACUAUGAAUGUUUUGUCGUGCUUAAAAAUGGUGUUCUAUUUGUUAUCAAAUACCUAGCUAGUAAGGUUUAAGUAACUAAUAAAUCAUACAGUUAUUGGCACUAUAAAAUAUAUGUGAGAUGAUUUCUAGUGGGUCAUGAAUUUACCUUUUUAUGUAUGUACUUUUAGAAUUGUUGAUUUAGUAUUUUCUUCUUCAUUAAAAACUAUUAUAGAUAAUGCUGAAUUCAACUUUAUACAUUUUAAGUGGAUUAUAUCAAUUUUGUCAAUUUUAGAUUUUAAAGUGUUGUUACCAGCUUCUUGCUUUUUUAUCGACUAUAAGGGUAUUAGAGAUUUUAUUAAAAUUCAUUCAUUCAUAUUUAAAAGUUUAAACACAUAAUAUGAAAUCAGCUCGACUCGUCCUAAGAUCAUCACUUGGUAACUUCUAAGUUGGUAUAUUUUAAGUCUACUCUAAGAUACCUAUUCAAGGGAGCCCUUAGAUAGCUUAGUUAUUGUAAUUACCUAAUAAUAUAGUAUUGUGAUUGUUGCUCCUAGGUUGCAUUAUUGGUUUUGUACCUGAUUAUAAAGAUC